UCCAGAGACUCUUUCGGUACAAAGUUAAGUUCAAUUAAAAAAAUACAAGAUGAUCCUCCCCGUGGCCCUCAUUUCUACGUGUUUCCUAAUUUCUGCCUGCCUGGGAUCGAAAGAAACCUGCCAUCCCCUGGAAGACGAGUGCGAGACCAUUAUUGUGCAACGGUACUUCGAGAAUUGCCACAAGAAGGAUGACCUACUCUUAAAGUGCAGGACAGACUUCUCGGAACUUCAGAAACGACAUUCAGACUUGCAGAGCAAGGAUGCCCAGAAUUCAAAAUUCCAACAGGGUUUUUUGGACUUGAUGAAAGACCAUUUGGAAGUGCUGAGUAAACUUAGAGAUAGUGAAGUUAAAUAUGAGCAAAUGAUAAAUCAAAAAAAUGGGGAAAUCGACCUGCUAAGAAAUCAAAUUAAUGACCAAAAGAAAACAAGUGACUUUGCUAAUUUAACUAAUCAGUUCCGCGAAGACAUUGCCAAGUUGGAGAAAAUAGUAAACAUUGGAGGAUCGGAUGAAAAUAAUCUAACAAAGGCGGAAGUAAAAACUGGAAAGCUCCAAACUACUCCGCUGCUUAAUAUUAAUAAUCAGACGACAUCGAAAACAGAAACUAUAGAUUUUCCAGAAAUUUGUCCACGAAGUCAAGUUAAUUUCUACUUUUUCCGCGAAAUCCAACUUCCUGGCUCAGACCCGUUUAAAAUGGUUUGUAUGUCAGAUUUGGAGCUUGGAUCUAGAUGGUUGAAUGUUUAUAGAAAAUAUGAUGAUUCAAAAACAUUUAAUCGCACGUAUGAGGAUUAUCAACGUGGAUUCGGUGAUGCAGAAACUGGAGAGUUUUUUAUUGGACUGAAUCGCUUGCACUAUCUGGCCAGUGGAAAGCCUCAUGAAGUGGUUUUAUACGCCGGUUGGGGGACAAGAAGAUGUGACCACUUUGUUGUGGGCGAUAGAAGCGAAGGGUACAAGCUAAAUAUUAUUGGCAAUUGUACUGGAGAAGACGUAUGGAUACUCCCUAGGCAGGGCACCAAAUUUUCUUCCUUCGAUCAAGAUGAGGAUGGAGUUCCUGGUCGUAAUUUGGCGAAGGAAGUGGGCUAUGGCUGGUGGUUCGACCCCGACAUGAGCCCCAAGAAGGAUAGCAUUCGGAUGUUCAUCCGAAGAACCGAUUAA